AUGGGCCAUGAAAGUGACGCAAAUGCCAGUCCAGCAGACACACUUAGACAAGGUGGAAUCAAAACCGAAGUCAUUGAUAAUUCUGCGUCUACGAUGAGUGAAGGACGAGAUCUUUCCAGCACCGAACCAGACACAAUUACUGUGACCAGAAAGGAAGAGACAGUUGGUGCCACUGUGGCUUUCUUGAAUGAAGUCGAAAAUAUUGUGGCUUCACACACAGACAUGUUCCCCGAGUUCAAAAACUGGCAAGAUCAAGCUAAACAGAUUCUCAGUGGCGUAAAGCGUCCUCGUGUGCUUGUCGGUGUCCUUGGAUAUACCGGUAGCGGAAAAUCUUCACUUAUAAAUGCCCUUAUUGAUGAAGAGAUGGUGGUGCCGGCUAAUGCAAUGCGCGCCAGCACGUCCGUCGUGACUGAAAUUUCAUGGAAUGAUUCAGACGAUCCUAAAAAGGCCUUCCGCGCUGAAAUUGAGUUUAUCAGUGACAUAGAAUGGAAAAUGGAGAUGGACAUUCUAUUGGGCGAUCUAAAGAAUUCAACGAAGGGAGAAGAUCUGUCUGCCAAGUCUGGCAGUGAAGCAAGCACUGCUUCUGCGGAAAUAUCUGCAGUCUGGCCCGGAGUUACUCUUGCCAAACUGAAGGGAAUGACAUCGGAGGAGUUGUUUCAACAAAUCGACGGCGUUUCCGAUCAUCUGGAUUGCAUUUUAGACAUCUCCGACAGUAAAGCCAAGCCAUUCUCACAACAGAUCAAUUCUUACAUUGACUCAAACAACAAGCAAGUUUGUGCGAAAGGAAUGUCUUACCGGCCUUUGGUGCGUUGCGUUCGCAUCUACACGAAAGCCGAGAUUUUGAGGCAUGGUCUUGUACCGGUUGACCUACCUGGCCUCGGAGAUUCCAAUACUGGAAGGACGCAAGUGGCAGAGAAAUAUGCGGAAAAUCUCAACUACGUAUGGAUCGUGGCCGAUAUUGUUCGUGCAAUAGAUGAUCAAGUCGCCAAAGAUUUGAUGGGGAAAUCUUCUCGAAGACAGUUGCUCAUGGAUGGCAAAUACGACGAUAAGUACGUUACAUUCAUUAUGACGAAGACUGAUAUCAUCAACACCGAAGAAGUUGUCGAAUCUUUGCAGCUCCGAGAGAAGGAUUUGAGGAAUAUUCUAGCCCGAGAAGAAAACAUAAUCAACGAAAUCCACGAUGGCCAAGAAGCACUCGGUCGAGAAACUUUUAAAGUCAAGAAGAUGAGAAAGGCGUUGAAAGCACUGGAGAGGUCCAAGCCAUCGAAACCCGGUAAACCUAUUCUACGAAAGCGGAAGCAUACUGAGGACGACAGAACAGAAGUUGACGAACAACCAUUAGACUUGAGAACCACGGACAAGAAAAUAUCAAAAAAGAAGCUUCUAGUGAAGAAUAAAGCACAAGCUGUCAUAUCCAUGAAAAUUAUGGAAGAUAAGCUUGCUAGACUUAAACGCACACUCAAGUUGGUCAGGAACGAGAUCAAAGCUGCCUGUACGCAAGCUCGGAACAAUUACACUCAAGAGCAUCUCAAGAUGGACUUUGAGAAUGGGCUACAAGGGCUUCUUGAUCAGCUACAUGUUUUCUGUGUGUCCUCUAAGGGAUACCAGAAACUUUCUGGACGUUUCAAGCGUGAUCGAAUUCCCGAAGGGUUUGUAACCGUGAAUGAUACUUUCAUUCCAAGUCUACAAGAUUAUGCAGCAGCUUCCACCUUGACUGCAAGAACAAACAUCACCGAUGCCUUUCUGAACGAAUCUAAUCUUUUGAAGUUGACUAUCAAAUCAUGGGCCAAAAAUGACACUCCCAACUCUUUAUCUUCUUCUCAAAAACACGCGCUUAAUACUAGGUUAGGGGAACAGAUAGAAACGCUCAACAAGUCUUUUGGCCAUGCUUUUGAUACUGCAGUGAUGCGUAUCCGCGAAAUCAUCGAAACAAAUAUCUUUCCAACUUUGGAGGGUUGCAUCAAAGCUUCCACAGAAAAGGCCGAGCAGGCUUGUAGGAAUAUCGUGGAUUCAGACACGUCCUAUCAAACUUGGAAAGCUAUUUGCCGAGCUCUUUAUCGGAUGAAAAGACUCCUCUUCGACCAUAUCAAAAAUAGUAACGAAGAAAUCGGAGACAUGAUUAUGUUGGCUGUUUCCAAGGACGAUGAAGCUAGGGAAAAGGUCAGGAAUACUCUGCGUAAUGAUCUGAAGCUGGAGUUGAAUAUUUUGGAAGCUGCUUGGGUUAGGGGUGCUUCUGAGCCUACAGACAGUCUUCUAUCGGUACAGGCGAAGGAAAAGCCAUUUGACGAGAGCAGCGUCGAUGAUGACAACGCUGAUAACACUGAAGAUACUGAUGCCAGCAACAGUAGUGAUGAUGCGCGGAGCAUCAGUGACGAUGUGGAAGACUUCUGA